AUGUCUUCGCCAAAACCCCACUUCACUCUUUUCUCAGCGGUUGGCCCGCCUCCCAAUCCGUGGAAGGUGGUCAUGAUCCUUGAAGAGCUCGGCCUCGAGUACGAGCCCAUCUACCUCAACACCGGGAAGGGCGACACGAAGCUGGAGUCGUACACGAAGCACAACCCAAACGGCCGCGUGCCCGCGCUUAUCGACCACAAGAACAACGAUUUUGUCGUUUGGGAGUCUUGCGCCAUCAUCCAGUACCUCGUCGAGAAGUACGACACCGAGCGCAAGAUCUCGUUCGCAGGUUUCGAAGACCACAUUCUGCUCUCGCAGUGGCUCUUCUUCCAGGCAUCCGGUCAAGGCCCGUACUUUGGCCAGGCCGGAUGGUUCACUUACUUCCACUCCGAGAAGAUCCCGAGCGCUGUCGAGCGGUACCGCAAAGAGAUCGUGCGCGUCAUCGGCGUGCUCGACGCGACGCUCGCGACGCGCCAGUGGCUCGUUGGCGACAAGCCGAGCGCGGCGGACCUGUCCUUCAUUCCGUGGAACUACUUCGUGGUAAAAUACCUUCUUGCCGGCUGGGACGGGCUGAAGGUAGAUGAGUUCCCGCAUUUCAGGAGAUGGCACAACGAGCUUCUCGCAAGGCCGGCAGUAGCGAAGGCCAUCGCGAUGUGGGAGGAGAAACGUAGCGGUUAA